CCGACAACAAAUCUACUCUCCGCCGGUACUCUUUGCUUUGUUCGAAACCUGGUCGCAAUCGCUCGGUCACUCGACUUUAUAAGGAACCAAAAUUCAGCUUUUUGUGGCACUAAAAGAAGUAUUUUGGAGGUUUUUUUGAAAGUAGUAUUUUGGAGCUGGGUUGAUUCUUCAUUUUGGACAUUAUUAUAUCACGACCAAUUAGCUUUAGCUAUGAGUCAACGCUUGCGCCAGCAAAAGAAUGGAGAGAUAAGCUUAAUUGGGACUGAACGCGAGCGUCAGCAAGAAAAUGGGUAUAUUUUGGAUAUUGAGAACCAAUUUGGUGGCCAGGAUGAUGGAGUUAAUUGCAUUAACAAAAUUCUUGACUCAAAUAAGGCAGAGCUAACUUCCAUGUUUAAGAAAAAUUGGCCUGCAAUAUUUCUAUUGUUGCGUUUAAUGGCAGUACUAUUUGUGGACUCUUUGUUCUUGUACUUUCCUGUGAUCGGCAAAAAUCGCACGUGUCUUAAGUUCGAUAUAAGAUUGACGGUCAUAGCUCUUUGUCUUCGAACGGUCUUCGAUAUGAUUUAUGUUGGAAAAAUCAUUUUGGGAUACAUUCGUCGUAGACAUGAUCGGGAGCCUCGGCAAAAAACUACAAAGAUGUAUCUGAGGUUGUACGUCGCAGCACUUGACAUCCUCGCUCUUCUUCCCAUCCCACAGGUUUUGAUUCCAAUUAUUUUCACAAGAUCGAGAUUUUUGAACACAUUGGAGCUCCAAAACGUCUUUAUUAUUCUCCAUGCCCUGCAACAUGCGCCAAGAGUUCUUCGACUCCACCAAUCAUGGAGGGAAUAUACCAAAACAAAACUUCCCAAUCGUUCCAGAAAACUAUGGAUUAAGGUUGCAUUCAAUAUUUUUCUAUAUAUCCUUACCAGCCAUGUAGUUGGUGGCCUUUGGUACUUCUUCUCUAUCCAACGAGAGAUGUUUUGCUGGCACCAAGCCUGUAAAAAACAUCAUGGAUGUAAAUCGAGUUCUUUAAUAUGUCGUUUUAAUGAAAAAAAUGACAUACUUAUAGAAGAUGUUUGUCCUAUACAAACACCAAAUACAAAGGUCAUGGAUUUUGGAAUAUUCCUUGAAGCCCUUCAAUCUAGUACUGUGUCGUCAACAAAUUUUCCACAAAAGAUCAUGCACUGUUUCUCGUGGGGCCUUCGAAAUUUGAGUUCUUAUGGUUCAAACCUUCAAACAAGUAAUUACAUAUGGGAAAAUUGCUUCGCAGUUUUUAUUUCCAUCUUUGGUUUGAUGAUAUUUUUGUUGUUCAUCGGAAAUGCGCAGACAUACAUGCAAAAGGCAUCUGAGAAGGCAACUGAGAAGGCAGCUGAGAAGUUGUUGGAGGAGAUCGAAUGGAAAAUGGGACUUAUAAAAACAAAAAUAGAGUCAUGGAUGGCUACAAACCAUCUCCCUGACAAUAUGAAAGAGCCGAUCAUCAGCUGCAUACGACACGAACUGAAAGAAAAUAAAGAUUUUAAUAUAGAGAACCCGAUCUCUUAUAUUUCCAAAGAUGAAGAUCUUAUGACAAAGAUAAAGCACCAUCUUUGUUUACCUGCCUUGCUAAAAAAAGUGCAAAUCCUUAAUAAUAAAAAUGAAGAUCUGCUGCAAUUGAUCUGCAAAUCUCUCAAGCCAUUGUACUACAUUGAGAACAGCUACAUUUUCCGGGAGGGAGAACCACUCACUGCGAUGAUCUUCAUCACGCAAGGCAGUUUAUGGUGCUUCAAAACCAACAAUGGUGAGAAUGGUGAGAGAACCACCUCAAGCCCUCAGUGUAUUGAAAAAGGUGAGUUCUAUGGAGAAGAACUUCUAGAGUGGGGGUUCAACGGCUCCCCCUCACCCAAACUAUCCAACCUCCCAAUAUCCAAAACUGUCAUAACCCUUACAAAAGUUGAAGCCUUCGCUCUUACGGUCAACGACUGGAAAAAUAUAGUUUCUACUACAAAAGAAGCACAAAAUUCUCCCUAAAUGGCUAAGUGCACAGAACAGCACGAGCUGUCAUGCUCUUGGUGCUUCAAGACUAGCAAUGCCACACGUUGAAAAGAAGUAGUUUGUUCUGAAGGUCUUUUUGUUAAUUAAGUUGUAGAGUCCACUGGUUUGCCCGUGAUAUAGUUUCUAGUUGUUUGAAUUCCGAAUGGUGAAGGUAGAAUUAGGAAAUGAAGAACUUGUUAAUUAAUAAAACUGUUGAAUUGCAACAGAUUGUUAUU